UCGAAUCUAUUUGACAUUCUUAGACGACGAGAGAGAACCAAUCGGAGGUCCGAGGGUAGAGAUUUGAGCGAGAUGAGCAGCUUCGCGAUUCCACUUUCUUUCUCCAAUGCCUAUCAUCAACCUUGUCGUGUUUUCCGCAAUCCGCGUUCCAAUUUUGAGAUUCGCGGGAUACGACGAAGUGGUGAUGUUCGAAGAACCUCUUUAAAGUGCAAUUGCUGCAGCAAAGGGAAGGGGGGUACAGAUUCUGGUGAAAACGGAAACAGAAAUGUGUUAGAUGCUUUCUUUUUGGGAAAAGCACUAGCCGAGGUUAUCAACGAGCGAAUUGAGUCCACUGUUGGAGAAGUCUUGGGUAACAUUGGAAGGUUUCAAGCUGAGCAACAGAAGCAAGUUCAAGAGAUUCAGGAAGAGGUACUUGAAAGAGCCAAGAGAGCUAAGGAAAGAGCAGCUAGAGAAACCAUGGAGGCGCAAGGACUCGUACCGGAAUCCACAAACCCCAAACCGGCUGCUGUUGUUGUUGCCUCUGUAACUUCUACCUCCAUCGUUGAAAACAAGGCUAUAAGAAAUGAUGAAAAGCUGUCUGGUUUCUCCGGAUCUUCAAUGGGUGACAUAAUGGAUAGCUCGAGUUCGAGCGACGAAGACAAUGUCUAAGCGAUCGUCCCUUGGUUAAUUUGAAGAUUUGGUGAUAAUAGCAGACUUGUUUAAAACGGUUGAGAACAUCUUCGUUGAUAUAUGUACUUGAAACAAUGGAAGUUGAGAAUAAAUAACCUUUGAUAUAAAUUAUGUGUAUAUAUAAAAAGAUCAAGUAACUGAGAAUAAGAGCAACAAAGAGAACUUUGACUGGAACAUUUUUUGUAUUCAACUUGCUUAACGUUUUGAUACACGAUUUCAUAGAGUCCACGUCACCAUCUGUGUUUCACUAAACACAAAUUUUGUUGGGCUAAGUUGGGCUUUAUUGUGUUAUUUUAGCCUUAUCACGACGCGCCUCGCUCUAAC